AUGAACGGGUCGGGGCCGGCGGCUCCGGACGGCACCGGGAGCGCGCCCGAGCUGCGGGGGGGCGCGCACGGAGCCACGGCCGCGGCCUGCGGGGCUCUGCUGGCGCUCGUUGUGGGGCUGGGCUCGUACGGGAACCUCAUCGUGCUCCUGUCCUGCCUCGACCCCGCUCUCCGCAGGCUCCGCACCGACUUCGACUUCAUGAUCCUCAACCUCUCCUUCUGCGACCUCUUCCUAUGCGGUGUGGCCGCCCCCAUGUUCGCCUUCGUGCUGUUCUCCGGGCCGGCCCACAGCGUACCCGGCUCCUUGUGCUUCACCUUCCACCUCACCAGCUCCGGCUUCAUCCUCCUGUCCCUCAAGACCGUGGCGCUGAUCGCGCUGCACCGGCUGCGCGUGGCGCUGGGCAAGCGGCCUCCCCGUGCUGCCUCCGUGCCCUGCACGCUGCUGCUCACACUGCUGCUCUGGGCCUCCAGCUUCACGCUGGCCACCGUGGCCUCGCUCCAGCCUCGCCGCCCCGGCCUCUGCCUGCCCAUGGCCGGCCUCGCCAGCCGCGAAGGCGAGGCCGUGCUCUACCUGUACGCCACCGACUUCCUGUGCUGCGUGGCCGUGGUGGCCGUGUGCUACGCGGUGAUCGCGCGGGCGCUAAGCCGCAAUGCCCGUGCGAGGCGAGGCCCACCCGGUGAGGCCAACGGGCCUCGACCCUUCGCCGUGCCCGCGCUCUACCGCAACCAGACCCGCGGCCUCAACCUGGCAGCGGGCAAGGACGCGCGUGCCGUGGGGACAUGCGUGGCUAUCAUGGUGUCGGUGCUGGUGUGCUGCCUGCCCCUCGGCGUCUCGCUGGUGCAGGACACGCUAUGGGGCAGCAAUGGGUUCGUCCUGUGCCAGUUGGAGCUGUGUGGGUUCACCCUCGUGUUCUUCAAGUCGGGGUUGAACCCCUUCAUCUACUCCCGCAACAGCGCGGGGCUGCGCAGGAGGGUGCUGUGGGGCCUGCGGUGCGUGGCUAUGGGAUGCUGCAAGCACAAGACCAGGCUCCGGGCUGUGGGCAAGGGCAGCCUGGAGGUGAACAGGAACAAGUCGUCGCACCACGAGACCAACUCGGCCUAUGUGCUGACCCCCAAGCCCCACAGGAAGCUCAUGGACCAGGCGUGCGGCCCCAGUCACUCCAAGGAGAGCGUGCUGAGCCCCAAGGCUUCAAUGGGGCAGCAGCACUAUGCGCAGAGCAGCUCGACCCCUAUGAACACCCGCGUCGAGCCCUAUUACAGCAUCUACAACAGCAGCCCCUCGCAGGAGGUGAGCACCCCCAACAGCCUGCAGCCUGUGAGCUCUGUCUUCGGCUUCACCAGGUCCUACAUUGCCAUGCACUACCGGGACUGCGGCGGUGCGGUGGCGCGGCACAUCCCGGUGCCCUCGGUGUAACUGGGCAUGGGGAUGGUGCUGGGCUGCUGGUUAAGGAGAGCACCACUGAUGUUAACAUCCAGCCAUUGUAGCUGGAGGCAAGGCUGGGGUAUGGCUCUGGGAGGCUCUAUGUGUAAAGGGCAAUGGGUUUGGUGUGGUUUGGGAUGUAACAUG